GUGAUGCCAAGCACAGCCAUGAAGAAAAAGGUGCUGCUGAUGGGUAAAAGUGGGUCUGGGAAGACCAGCAUGAGGUCCAUUAUCUUUGCAAACUACAUCGCCAGGGACACGCGGCGCCUGGGUGCCACAAUUGAUGUGGAGCACUCCCAUGUUAGAUUUCUAGGAAACCUGGUAUUAAACCUGUGGGACUGCGGAGGGCAGGACACCUUUAUGGAGAACUACUUCACCAGUCAGCGGGACAACAUCUUCCGCAACGUAGAAGUCCUCAUCUAUGUCUUCGAUGUAGAGAGCCGUGAACUGGAGAAGGACAUGCACUACUACCAGUCAUGCUUGGAGGCAAUUCUUCAGAACUCUCCUGAUGCAAAGAUCUUUUGUCUAGUGCACAAGAUGGACUUGGUGCAGGAGGAUCAGCGGGAUUUGAUUUUUAAAGAGCGUGAGGAAGACUUGAAGCGCCUUUCCCGUCCCUUGGAAUGUGUUUGUUUUAGAACUUCCAUCUGGGAUGAAACACUUUACAAGGCUUGGUCCAGUAUAGUCUAUCAGCUCAUCCCCAAUGUCCAGCAGCUGGAAAUGAACCUGAGGAACUUCGCUCAGAUCAUCGAGGCAGAUGAAGUGCUUCUGUUUGAGAGAGCCACGUUCCUGGUCAUUUCUCACUAUCAAUGCAAAGAACAGCGGGAUGUCCACAGAUUUGAGAAAAUCAGCAACAUUAUUAAACAAUUCAAGCUAAGUUGCAGUAAGCUGGCAGCUUCUUUCCAGAGCAUGGAGGUCAGGAACUCUAACUUUGCUGCUUUCAUUGACAUCUUUACAUCAAAUACAUACGUGAUGGUGGUUAUGUCAGACCCUUCAAUACCUUCUGCGGCUACGCUGAUCAACAUCCGCAACGCCAGAAAACACUUUGAGAAGCUGGAGAGAGUGGACGGACCAAAGCACAGCCUGCUCAUGCGCUGAACGUCGGCCGAGGCGCACGCGGUCUUUGGGGGGAGAAAAAAUGAAUUGGAACUACUUAUUUUUAGGAGAAUCUAACAAUGUCGGUGUCUUUGUUGGGCUUUGAAAUGAGUGUGCUGCUUUAUUUUUUCUCCUUUUUAACGUUGGACACUAGUCACUCGGAGAAUGUCUGGAUACACUGCGGACCUUCACAAAGAGACUUCCCUGGCGCAUGGGGUUGGGAAGAAGUAAGGACGGGUGACGUGCACAUGGUCUCGUACUCCUGGUUGUCGUAGUGGCACGCGGCACAGCCGUUUUGGAUGUUUUGCUCCCGGGUGAUCGUUUAAGUCACAGGAAUUGGAAUAUUUACCGUUUUACUGGUUGGUUGCUAGACUAUGUUUAUAAAUUUCUCCUUGUCUUCAGUCAUGAAAAUAAAUUUUUUGCUACCAGGGAUUUCGGAUCCGAGAACUUUGGA